AAUAGCUUUGUAAACAGUUAGAAAAAAGAUAAAUAUAACUAUGAAAAACAUCGACAACUUUCGAAACUGUGAAAUUCAAAUAUAACCCCAGUAAGAUUACAACUGCUGUGUGCCGAGCACGAAAGUACAAGAGAUUAAGAAUCAUGUUUCGUACUAAAUGCAAAGAACACGAUCACUCAUCGUUUUAUCGGUUCUUGCAAAUGGAGCACAGUCACAAGAACACCGAUUGCUACUUUUUCUAUUAUUCUACAUGCAAAAAGGGUGAUCUCUGUCCAUUUAGACAUGAACCGUCUGCUUUGGGUUGCGAAACGAUGUGCUCCUAUUGGCAGCAGGGUAAUUGCCUUAAUGAGCAUUGUAGCUUUAGGCAUAUGGAAUUGAAAAAAAACCGCAAAUCAAUUCCAUGCUACUGGGAAACACAGCCUGGUGGUUGCAGAAAACCACAUUGUCCUUUCCUGCACAAGAAUGUACGAACUAUAUAUGAUCCGAUUAAUCCAGUCAAGACAGCCGAGGUAACGUCGAAACCCAUCAAUCAGGAUUGGGUAAAUCGUCAGGAUGAUACAAAGUACGACACAAGCAGUGCAGAAUCAGAUCAAGGUAGGGGAAGCAGCGAAGCUGGCAGUUUCAUUGGUAGUCCAGCUGUCGAUCCUCUUAUCGUCAAAUUUGGAGAAGAGUCGGACAAUGAAAGCGUACCGUCACCCAUAAAGACGCAACCACAACCAAGGGUGCCCUACUGCAAGACCUACGAGGAGAUCAGGCUAGAGGAGAUACAAGCGGAAAGUGCUGCAUAUUAUUCAUACGAGGCUGAUGAUGAUCGUCCUGUUGGCGAGCAUUCAAUAAGAAAAGUUAAUUCGGCAGUUACGAGCCAGGAUACAACGGGUGUCGCUAAUAAAACCAGACGAGUUAUAGCGGCUACUCGUGAUAUUAGGAGAAAGAUUCGGAUCGAUCCGAAAUUAAUAGGGACGAUCGAAAUUAGUAAUAAGGACGAAUCGUCGUUAGAAAAGAAGAAUAAGGACGAUACGAACGAGUUGAAUUUUCAGGUCUUGUCAUUGGAAGAAAUACGUCGGCGUAAGAGACGAAAAGCAUUGAUGUUGCAAGACGUUGAAAUAUUCGAGAACGUAGAAUCCGAUCGAUCGAAAAGAUCGAAGGACGAAAGGACUCCAACCAAUGAUCGCUCGAAAGAUCCUGUUAAAACGUUAACCGUAAUACGUGCGUCUAACGUGGCUCUACCAACGAGAGGUGUUAAGAGAUUCUUAGAAAAAGACAAAGAGAUUAUCGUUGAAUCCGCUGACGAAGGUCGUAGAGUUAAACCUAAAUUAGAGGAUUCUAAUGAACGCGUGACGAAUGUACCACCCGUUAGACUACGAAGAUCACCAAAAAGAUAUUCUACGAACGUAGCCAAUGUAUCGGGCCAAGAAAUUUUGUCGAAGAUUUUCGAUAAAAAUAUUCGUGACACCUGUUUGCCAAGCGAUGUUAACGAGCAAAUUGAUAAUGAGAUUGAAAGGGAUGACGAAGGGAAUAGGGAUAACGUACAGUCGAGACUUCUCGAAAAUCUCGACGUUAGAGUUAACGUUAGAGAACAUCGCGAGGAAACGUUGAAUAAUUCCGGUAGAAAGAACGAGGUCGAGGUCAGAUUAUGCGACAGCAGUACGGACGAGGAACGAAUGGGAAUCGACGAAGGUGCGACGAUUCAAGAACAAAAGGAAACUAAAUCUGUUAUAAUGGAUACCAUAAUGGAGGAUUCGAAAGCUAGCCGACUUUCGUGUGACAGUUUAUUAACCAUCAACGAGGACGAGUAUCUUAUGCUCGAUACUGCAUCCGAUGAUAUUCUCAAGGACAUUGAUGCACUGCUCAAGGACAAACCAGUGCUUUGAACUAACAUCUCGGAUAUUUUAUUGGACGAAGUCUUUAGUACUUAAGUUUCUCUUUCUCUUCUUCUUCUUCUUCUUCUUCUUCUUCUUCUUUCUCCUCGUCCUCUUCUUUUUUCUUCUUCUUCUUCCUUCUCUUCAUCUUAUCUCCUUUACCUUCUUCGUAUGGACGACACAGACGGAAGAAAAAAAGUAAAGAAGAAAGAAACGGGAUCUUUCGAACAAUUUCGUUUUCUCCCGUUUAUCAUCUUCCAUAUUUUUCUUUUACUUCCAAUUUCGAAGGGUUCAAACAUUUUUCAGGAUUUCUUCACUGAUUGAUAUUUAUCUAUCUAUCUAUCUAUCUAUCUAUCUAUCUAUCUAUCUAUCUAUCUAUCUAUCUAUCUAUCUAUCUAUCUUUCACUUUCUAUUUUUAUCGUUAUUCUUAGAUGAUUAGAUCUAUUUGAAACGAUAUGUACUUUUAUACUAUUAGAAUUCGUUCUAAUAUUUCUGCUAUAUUAGCGGUAGAUACAGAUAUGAUGGAGAUAUAUAACUUCGUUUAUAUACGUAUGUAAGUAUCUACAUCGUGGAAGAUCUCGAAUGACGAAGAUAAUGUUAAUUAACUAAUAUUUAUAAAUUCGUCUAUUGUGUCGUCAUCGUUUUCGUUUUCUCAUCGAUGGAUCGAAGUAAAUUAUCUAUAUUAUUAUUACCAGUAAUAGUUCGUUCGAAAAUUUUCUUUACUCGAAGAGAAACUAAUAUUUAAUACCUAAGCGUCGAGGCGUUGUUUAAAAGUAUAGUGUAAUAAUUCUAUACACACAUACAUACACACACCACACCACACAUAGAUACAUUGCAUGGUUGCAUAUAUUUUUACGCGUGACAUGUAGGUAAAAUAAUAUAGUUUGUAGAAUAGGACGCAUUAUUAUUCUCGAUGAUCGGUGCAAUUUAUUAACGAAACGGAUGCAUUUUUGCAUUUUUAGUACUUUUCCUUUUUUUUCUCUCUCUCUUUUCUUUUUUCUUUUCCUUUUUUUUUUUAUUUGUUUAUUUGUCUUCUAACAAACGUUUCAUAUCAUUGACUAAUUAUUAAAUCGUUUUAUCGGAUUAUGGAGCUGCUUACCCUUUUUUUUUUCUUUUUUCUUCUUUUUUUUUCUUUUUUAAAUAAUAUCUUAAUAGUUUUGUUUUGUUUUGUUUUGUUUUUCUUUGCUCUUUUUUAUUUCUUGACUUUAUUACAAGCUAUUAUCAAUCGGUCGUAAAUCAUAGUCGAAGAAAAAAAAUGGUAAGUAAAUUGGUUCGAUUUGAUGUUGAAGUAUAUUUGGAAAAUCUUUUUCCAAAUUUUACAAUAAUCAUUACUACGAUUAUUUUUGUCGUAUUUAUCUGUACGAUCAAGUACUUACACGUUUUCUCGUAAUAUUACGAGAUUAUAUUUGUACGAUAUUAUUUUUUUAAAUCGUUAAUAAUAUACAUAUAUAUUCGUCCUUUUGAUUAUUAUUAAUUUUUUGUCGAUCUUUCUUGAUGUUUAAUGUAAUCAAGGUUAUUGUUUUUUAAAUCUAAUUCGAGAUAAUUAUCGAAAGUACUCGCGUUGUAUUUUUUCUUUUUCUUUUCUUUUUUUGCAUAGAGAGCAAAAGAAAAAAGAAUAGAUAACGAUAUCUUAUCGGAGUGCUAACGCACAGAUGUAGAUUUGUUUCCGAACGAAUAAAAUUAAAAAAAAAAAAAAA